CGUUUCAAAACCGAGCGCGCUGCCUACUUAGCAUUUGCAGGCAUUUCAGCUGCUGAGACGAAACGCUUUCAAACUCUGUCGUCUAGGUAGGAAGCUCAGUGAACAUGAAAACAGAGCAGGGCUGUUGGUUUCGCUCUCUCUCCGUGAAUUACCCUCGAGACACUACAACGCCUUAGCCAACGCCCCGCACACUCACGCUUUCCAGUCCGCAACUGCUGCUCUGACCAUAGGCUGUGGCUCUGACACUCAGAAGUUCACGAAGAAGUUGCAAGCUGCGUCAGAUAUAAACGGAGCCUUUUAACAGACCGUGUUUGUGAACGUUUGCUGAUACGGACGCUAGGCUUCAUAAGAAAGCGUUAUUUCAUAGGAAAACAUCUGCAGAAUGGCAGAAACUGAGGGAAGUCCGUUUGGAGGCUGUUUGGAGAAACUGAUGAGCUAUGUGCGAACUCGGAAAGGAACCAUCCUGGCCGCUGAAAUAAUCCUCAGUUUCAUCAUCCUUAUCUGUUACGCCGCAUCUAUGUAUGGCGGGUAUUCAGCAGUGGCCAUCUGCGAGAUGGUCUUUGCCAUCAUCUUCUUCAUUGUCUUCAUGAUGGAGCUGGACAAACAGUUCCUGGUGGUGAACUGGCUCUGGAGCGAUCUCAUCCGCGCUGUAAUCGGUGCAGCGCUUUACCUCAUAACCUCUCUGAUCUGUGUGAUCGGCGGGGCUGGAGACGGGGCUCGCAUCGCUGGUGGGGUGUUUGGUCUGCUGGCUGGGAUCUUGUUUGCUUAUGAUUCCUACACGAUUUUCUUGGACAUCAAGAGCAGCAGACAGAAUACAGCUGCUCCCACAGAUGACACAGUUUGAAACUACUUUCCUCACUACACCAUUAACAGCAACCAAAACAUGGAAAACAAGUCUAAAAAUGGCAAAAGGAGUGAAUUCCUGAGAGUUACCGUGAGAGAUGCAGACCAGAGGAAUGCAAAAGGGACGAAACAUUACACAACAAAAGAGGUUUAUGUACAAAAGGGAUGGAAAAUGAAGGAACAGAAAGCUGUCGGGAUUCAAAGAUUCAUUCCGGCAUCUUGGUCAGGCGGCUGUCAUUACCACAAAUGUUUUGUUGGCUUGGUCAGUUACAAAAGCACUAUCACAACAUUUAGUAACAUCAGAUAAAUCUGACAACAUGAAUACAGUGUUCAGAAGCGUUUCAAAGUCAAUCUGUCUUCCCAUUCUUUACUAGAGAAAGACUAGUUUUGACCACGUUAUUAUAAGGAAGUUGUGUUGGAAAACUUGAUUUAAUUCAGUCUGGUGCUGUUUUUUUAUGAUGAAACAUUAAGGUUGCUUAAGUUUUUUAUGGUGAAAUUUAUAACUGUAGCUAAAUUCUAAUAACUAUUGAUUGUUCUUGUGUUUUGUGCUUAAAGCAGCACUAUGUAACUUUUUCUGUGUUCAAAAUUUGCUAAAU